CAGCAGGAGAGCAUCUCCCUCAGCUAGCAGUCUCUGAUCAUCUCUACUAAAGGUCAGACCUUGCAAACGUCACCAUGACCACCAUGCCUGAAGCCAAUGCUAAAUUUGCUGUCGACUGUUACCAGUCAGUGAGGAAGGAGCACCCAUGUGACAACCUCCUCUUGUCCCCUGUAAAUGCUACCUCUGCUCUGGGUCUGCUGGCCUUAGCAUCUGGAUGUGAACAAGCAGCUGAGAUUGAGAAGGUAUUGCACUGGGAUGAACUGAAAGAAUGUAUUGGGUCCCUAAGCAGAAGAUAUCUGGGAGCAUCCAGAAGUUUUGGACAAUCAGCAACCAGACUAAAGGCACAACAAAAAGUUAAUAUUUGUCCUCGUCCUGAACCGGAGUGCCCCAAACCAAGGCAACGCCCUGAACCAACUUGUCCCAAACAAAGACCAUGCCCUGAACCUUGUCGUCCAAGACCACGACCAUGCCCUGAACCAAGAGAACGUCCUGAACCAACAUGUCCAAGGCCAAGACCGUGCCCUGAACCAGCUCGUCCUGAACCAACAUGUCCAAGGCCAAGGCCAUGCCCCGAACCAGCUCAUCCGGAACCAACCUGCCCUAGGCCAAGACCCCGUCCUGAGCCUGUUUGCCCCUCUGAACCACCAUGUCCUGAAAGAUGUGUUCCAGAUUAUGAGUGUGAGACACCUGAAGGAGUCCACACUGCAUUCAGCAAAAUCCUUGCUGCCUUGAAUGCACCAAGUACCAACUAUACUCUGAGCUUUGCCAACAAGCUCUAUGGAGACUAUGCCAUCGCCUUCAUCCAGAAAUUUAUUUAUUGUGCUCUGAAACUGUACUGGACAGAUGUGGAGGGAGCAGAUUUCCACAAUGCCCCAGAGGAGGUGCGGAGAAUCAUAAACCUUUGGGUUGAGGUCCAGACACAUGGGAAAAUCAAGAAUCUCCUUCCCAAGGACAGCUUUGACUGUCUUGUUCAGCUUCUACUGGUGAAUGGUCUCUACUUCAAGGGACAAUGGCAAGUGAAAUUUGACAAAGACCUCACUGUAGAAGCCCCAUUCUAUCCACAUUAUGCAGAUCAGAGAGAUUGCUACACUGUGCAGCUGAUGAACAGGAAGGGUACUUACAACACAGGCACCAUUGAUAUUUGUGGCAUUGAGGUGCAAGUACUUGAGGUCCCCUACAAAGACGAUGAACUCAGCUUCUUCAUUCUGCUCCCAACAGACUGCAGUCCAGAAGCUCUUGAACAGCUGGAGGAUGGUCUGAGCCAUGAGCACCUGCUUGACUUGUCCUGUUAUCUGAAGCCUGAAGAGGUGGAUGUCUUCAUUCCAAAGUUCAAAUUAGAGAAGAGCUAUUAUAUCAAUGAAUACCUGGAUUUGUGUGAUCUUUCUGAUCCUGAAAAGGCUGAUUUCUCUCAAGCAACAACCACAGAAGGAGUGGCUCUUACUCAGCUGGUCCAUGAUGCUUUCAUUGAGAUCGAUGAGGAAGGUGGUGAGGAAGCAGAGGACUGCCGUUGUCCCCGGGAUAGGCGUCCCUGUCGGGAGUCCCUGGAGUUUGUGGCUGAUCAUCCUUUCCUAUAUUUUACCCUCCACAAUUGCACCCAGAGCAUCAUUGCCCUUGGCAGAUUUGCUAAACCAUAGUAAAGGGACCCUUGUGAUAUGGAUAUUAUGGAUAUGGAUAUUAUGAAAGCAAUGGAAGAUGAAUACGGAAACCCCUUUUUAGAAGAUGUCCGUCUUCUGCAUCUUAUUCCUCUUUGUCUCAUUCACUGGAGUGCCCAUCACUGCAGAGAGUGAGGCAAAGAGGCUUUCUUUUUUGUGGAGGGUCAGCUUCAUUCUUUUUCUGUCUGCCAUUUCCUUUUCUGACCAAUUUUACUUCUCUUUAUCUGCUUAAAGAAUAGCUUCCUCCUGAUUUCUGGGGGUCCCAGUUUCUGAGAGCAAAGAUUUUAUGGUAGCUAAUUAAAUUUAAAUAUUGACAAUCAGAGAGCAAUGGGUCCUGUCUUUAUGUGAUUUUUGAGGAAGAACAAUUUCAUAAGAGUGUUGUUUCCUCCAUCACUGUAGCACUUCCUUCUCCCACACAUUGGACUGUUAAAGGACUCAUCUUGAAUGAAUGAAAUGUAAUGAGUUAAGUAGCUUUUAUUGAAGUGCUGGUUCUGAUACUUUUUUUCAAAAAUAUCAAACAAUAUUGGUUAUUCUCUGGACCAGCACUAAUUCAAGAAAAGGGAAAUAAAUUUCCAAAGAGACAGGGCUUGGGUUCUUCCUUCUUUUUUCCCUUUCUUCUUCCUGCUUCCUAAUGCCAAUCUUCCUGUUGUUUUGUAGUACAGGUUGCCUGAGUAACUGAAACAUGCUUUUAGAGAUUCUACUGUAUUUAUUGCCUAAAUUCAGAAAUAUCUUUUCAUCCUAUACUGACAUUCCUUGAAAAAGGUCAUUUCAAUUCUACUUACCUCUGUGUAUACACAAAUAUGUUGUCACUAUGAAGCUAUAAAGUUGUACAACAGUCUUUAAGUUGUUCUCAUAAUCCUAUGCUUUUCCUUGAAAUAUAUGAAACUCUGUUCCACCUUCCCCACAACUUGAACUGCAGCAUUUAAAUAUCUCAAUAAAGAAAGCAUUGAACGAA